AUGCCCGCUAGCGUGUUUUUCGGUCGGUUCAAGCACCUGGCUACCCGCGAACUUGGUAAUGAGGACGAAACCAAUCAGGCCCGCUACUCCGUCUCUACACUCUGUAAGCUGGUCCCACCUGUCAUGCGUCCCGCCCUGGGUAGCCUGCGCCCCAACUCCUGGAACGAGUUGCGCACCGAGUUCUAUAAUCUUGCUCGUGCCCUCCUCUUUGUUCACGUGGAUCACGAGGAGAUUUCCCGUUACUUCUUCUCGUGGAGCCCUCCCCCCUAUGAUUCAGCUAACCUCAAGGACGUGUAUCGAAUCCUGCUUCUCGACAUCGAGUCGGCUGCAGGCCCCGUCUACGAGUCAAGCUUCCGUGUCGCCCUCGCCCGUAUCCAUCGGACCUUCCCCAAUCUGUCGUUAACCUCCUCGGCCCUGUACACUCUCGAUGCUCCAAUCCGUGACACCUUCGCCCUGGCUGACACUGGUGCUGCGGCCCCUGUCGCUGAUCUGUCGUUUCUUGUCCCCGCGCCCGUCACCUCUAAUGUCCACCAUCGUCACCUUUUUUAA